AUGGUCGCCUCGUCGGCCAAGGCGGCCCAGACCGUCAAGGCGGAACCGGUCGACGAAAGAGCAAGUCUGCUGCAGCGCCUUGCAUCUCCAAACGCCAUCAAGGCUCGCGCUCCGGACCAGAAUAUCUCGCCAUCGAUAUCAAAACCUGGUAUCGCUCCGACCUCGACCUCGACCUCGACCUCGACCUCGACCUCGACCUCGACCGGUCCGCAAGCCGAAGAGGGCUCACCAGCGACGAACAAACCGGUCGUACCUGGCACCGCCGCGGCAGGAGGCCAGAUCUUGACAGGAGGCGUCAACCCGCAAAAGAUCUAUAUCGGAAAUCUGCCCCAGUCGGCGACGCUGGCCGAUCUGGAGGACUGCUUUGGCCAGUUUGGCCCUUGCACUUGCGCGAUCAAACGUGGCUUCGGUUUCGCCGUGAGUACAUGCCCCGAUCACGCCCUUCUCGUCAACGCUGGGCUAUCUGGUUGUUCAACUCAGAUGUCUCUGCAGCUUACCGUGUCAUUUUCUGCUCGCCCUAGGAAUUUGCCAGCCCCGAGCAUGCCAAGGCCGCCGUGGCCAAGUACCACCAGGGUCACUUUCUCGGGUCGCAAAUCACCGUGCAGCUCUCCCACGAGAGGAUCUACCUCGGCAAAAAGUCGGACAACAGCAAAAAUACUCGCACGCCUCCUUCGCCGACCAAAUCAUCUCAAGGUCUGCCAGCCCCUACGAGCCGACCGGCGGCGUCGGACAAGCCGCUCGGCAGUCGCACCAAGCAAGUACUAUCCGGCCUGUGAACACAUACCUCAACGCUCAGGGUUUUUAUUUUCCUUACAAGGCCUUCUGCUUUCUAUUUUAUCAGGGGUAAGGAUACGUCGGAACCAACUCCCAAAGCCAAGCCGGCGCCUAUUGCGGCAGCAACGCUGGAGCCCAUCGAAACCUUGCCCCCUCUGCGCUUUGUGAUGAGCCACGUCGGGCCUCCAGCACAGGCUGUUUCGAUGCCACCGCAGAUCUCGCCGGGCGUGUACGAGCGAAGUGACCGUUACGUACCUCAGCUACCUGGUGCUGCGCCUCCUGUGCCCCAUGCCCGAACGGUCGGCAGCGCCGACGAAGUCCGCGCUGCCUUCACUUCCGUCCAUCCCGAGGCGUAUCCUCCCGCACCUGCGUAUAAUCCUGGGCCAGUCCCUCGCUUCGACCAUCGACCAGACUCUUACGCCGAUCUUCGUACUUCAACCGCUUCUACCCCUCGUGCACUCGGGUACGCCUACCGAGCGAAUCUCGAUGCGAACCCGUAUCAGCAGCCGUCCCAGCCCCCGGUGUCUUCCUACGAUCGCAACCCUCUCCCCGAGUCCAUUUACAGCUACGAUCGCGCACUCUCAGCCCCAGCCCUUGAUACUAUUCCCUACCCUCCCACUCCAGACAACCUUCGAUUCUCUUCGCGAUCCAAUCCGCUGCCGACUCCUUUGCGAGCACGUUCACCUCCGCCGUCAGCCGCUUACUACGCGGGACCCCCGCCGGCACGCGAUCAUCCCAGGGAACCCCCAGCGUCUCGGCAAUACUCUUACCAAGAGCCCGAAUAUCCCCCUCUUCGAGAUCACGAUGGCUUUGAUCACUACGACCCCCGCCGACCUGCUGCGUCGCACCCGUAUGAGAGUCAUGCGUACCUGCCGACGGGUCUGACCCAGGCAUUGCCUCACCGCGAUCGGGAAGAAGGUCGCCACGAUGCGCGAGCCGGCCCUGUGAGGGACUAUGCUCGGGACGCUGCUCGCUACCAGCCGUAUGGUCGCUCGCUCCCCCCUCUUCCCUCGCAUCUGUCGCUGAAUCCAUCCACCUCGACGGUCCGCGACUCGCCGUUUGGCGCGGUUGGCACCCCUGUCCCGUGAGUAGCAGCUUGGAGCGCUAGAUGUCGAGCUGGCUCAUUCCGACUUGGCUGAUUGUGGGCUACGCUUCUUUGUGCACCUUUCGUAGCCAUGCUCCCGAUUCGAGUUACACUCGUUCCGCCGGCGACGAAAGGCGCUAUGUCGACCCCUCGUACGGCGCUCGAUCUCCGGUCGAUCACGACUGGCCUGACUGGGGCGCUUCGUACGCUCGACGAUGA